CAAAGUGGGUAUGUAUCCACAAAACAUCAUCAAAACAAAUUUCGAUGUUUUUUGUGUCGUGAAAAGUUUUUUCUUUUCAAGUUCUUGACAAGGCUGUAUACCGAUAACUUUUUUCGAGUUCUCAUAUGCAUUCAUUGGGUUGGUCAUGAAUUCGAUUUCAUUUUAAUUGUUUAAAACAAAAAAAAAAUCUCCAAAUCAUCGAAAAUGGCUGAAGAAGAUCGAAAUAAAUUAUUCGAUGAAAUUAGAAAUUUUUCUCAACGCAAACUAAAAAAAGUUGAAACAAAAGUGACGACCGGUAGUGGUGAACAAUUGACUGAAAAACGUUCACCAAAAGGCUUACAACAGAUCAAAUCUGAUGGUAUCAAUUCAGUUGGCUAUGUUGUUGAUAAUAAACCGGAUCUCCAGGUCGGAAUGAUUAUACCUGGCCUACUCAUUUCUUCUCAAGAUGUUGCUCAAGAUAAAUCCUUAUUGGACACAUAUGAAAUUACACACAUUCUCAAUCUGGCACCUGGCGUUCCUAAUGCAUUCGAAGAUGAUUUUAAUUACAAAAAGUUUGAAGUAUUGGAUAUACCCGAAACGGACAUCACUCAAUACUUUGAUGAAUGCAUUGAUUUUAUUCAAGAAGGCAUACAACGUGGUAAUUGUCUUGUACAUUGUAAUGCUGGCGUAUCCAGAUCAACGGCAAUAUGUUGUGCUUAUCUAAUGAAACAGAAAAAAAUGAAAUACAAAGAUGCAUUGGCUACAAUUCGUGAAGCCAGAGCUUUUGCCAAACCAAACGAUGGCUUUGCUAAACAAUUGGAACAAUAUGAAGAUCAAUUGUUUGGACAAAUGGCCGCACCCGAUUCAUCAGAAGAUAAAUUUAUGGCAAGAAAACGUGCUGAAAUUGAAGCUGAAAAAGCAGCCAUUUCUGGAACAUCUUCAGUAAAAAAUAAAUUAGCACAAUUUGGUGCACAAUUGGAAUCAGUUUACGCACAACGACUUCAAACUAUGACACCGAUAAAAUUGCCUUUGAAGAAGAAAACACCAUCAACACAACCUCAACAACAGCCCCAAUCGAUAGUCAAGAAUCGUAAAAAGUCUAACGCAACUGCUACAAUUCCCCCUCCACCACCACCGCCGCCAUUAUCUGAGCUUAGCAACAAAAAUGUUCCUCCACCACCACCACCUCCAAAUUCAUUGUUGAAUAAUGAUCGAACAACUCCGUCGAUUAAGAAAACAACGACCAAUAAAGUGAUCACAAAUGAAAAUAAGACAAAUAUUGUUAAACCGAUAAAGGAAAUCAAUAACCAGAAACAAUCUGGAGAUCCACCUAGACGGACAGCUAAAUCGGAUAUGGUUGAUGAGACACCAAUCAAAGUAGCAGCGCAGAAAAAAUUAUGGGAAUCCGCUCAUAAUCAACAACCUGAAAAUAAUAAUGUACAGAAUAAAAAGCCAAUCAAAUUCAAGACACAACCGCAAGUCACACAAACUAUAGCUAAACCUUCUCCGCCGAUAUCUCAACCUCAACUACAAGCCACUGAUAAUAAGACUCCCAAUAAAAGUCCGGCUCGAUCAAACAAAUUAGGAACGUGGGAAAAAUGUCCAUCCUCAACACCAGCACCAUCAACAGUUGCCAAUCCAAACACUAAAGCUGAAAUUGCAUCUCCUGAACCAAAGAAAAAGAUAACUAUUAAGAAAAAAGAUGCCAAUAACAAUAUUAUCAGUGGUAACGAAUUUGGUCAAUCACGGCGAUCUACACGUGAUUUGGCUGCAGCAAUCGAAGCUUCCGCAACGGAUUCGAAUUCAUCCACUCCAUUUUCAUCGCCUGGAACUCAACGUCGACAAAUGUAUUAUGGACGUCGUACAUCGACGCAACCGAUCGCAUCACAACAGCCAUCCGAAAAUCAACAGCAACCUGUUGCUUCGCGUAAACCAACCUGGGGUCUACGUGAUCAGGUUGAUAAUCUUAUGGAAACGACGCCAUCGUCAACACCGACUAGAUGUCGUUCACCAGCUUUAGUUCCAACUCCUCGUGACUCACAUAGUCCAUCACCACAGCCAGUUGGAGGGAUGCCGACUGGUAAAAAAGUUUUCGGUCGAGUUCCACCACGUCGAACCAGUCUCAGUGGCAAUGGACCUAUUGGUCAGAAUACUGUAACGAACGAUUUUGUGCCGAUUUCACCUCCACCGAUUAUGGUUUCUGAUGAUUCUAUUGGCCAGCAUGAUGAUAACGAUCUAGAUGUUGAUCAAUUUCUUCGUAAGCCACUAUCAAUGAUGAUUGACCGUAUGAAUUUUAGCCGUUCACCAUCGCCAAUCAACACUACGAACGAGACAACAGUGCAUGUCGAUUAUUUGCCUGUCAAUAAUAAUCGUCAUUGUAAAAAUCAGUUACAACAACAACAAUUUGAUCGUUCAUCAUCAUUAUCAUCAGGAUAUUUGGAUUAUAAUGCUCAUUCAUUACACAAUAAUCCGGUAAAUCAUUCUUUACAACAGCUAAGCUACCAUCCUAAACGAUCACUAUCACCUCUGAUUCCGUUUCAGAAGCAAUCAAAGCCACUGGAAUUUCAUCCACAAAAUCAAAAACCGAUAUUUCGGCCACAAAAACAACCAGAAAAUUAUUCAUACUUUCAACAACCCCAAACUUGUUGUUCGGCAACAAAAACCUUAUCAAAACAACAACAACAAGCUCGUGCUUUUAUUCAGCAACAAUUAGAAGCGCCUAUGAAUUUUGCACCAUUGGUUCGAAGACAUACAACCAACGAUCGAAUCUGGGCUAAUCGUGAUAAAAAUUCAUCAUUAUCUCAACAACAAUCCAUUCAUACGCCCGCCCAAUCGUCUUGUUUAAUAAUAAAUGGAUGUCAGACAGUUGCAGAUCCGCGAUCAGAAAUCAAUGAUCCAUUCGAUUCGAAUCGUCGUGAUCAAUUGGCUCAAUCGAUGUUUCUUCAACAAAUCGAACCAUCAUUUGGUCGACAAGCAAUUACACCACCACCUGGUCGUAUGUUCAUUGAUAAUAGAUAUAAAGAACAAUCGCCAUCUGUGAUUAAUAAUAAUCGUCCAAUAUCGCCAAACAUUCUCAUGCGAUCAUCUUUGCCGAAAAUCAUGGAAGAUAAUAACCAUUGUUCGAUAGAUGUAUCAUCAUCACCAAAGCCACAACCAUUGAGAUUAGUGUUUAAUCGAUCAGCAAGUCAACCAAUGAAUUCAAUUUCUAAUUCAAAUCUUUUCAAUACAAAUACCCAACAACUACAACCAGAACAAUUAGUCGUCAUACGUCGUUUGCCAGCAUCACACCAAAACAUUUGCUUUGCCACUGAUUAUUGACACAAUUCAUGUACGAAAUCAGCCUAAAAAAAUUUUUAUUUGCUUCUAUUAUUGCGAUGCACUUAUCCCAAAAUUUGAUAUGCUUAAUUUUUUGUUUUCUUCGAAAAAUUGUACUUUUUUUUAUUGACCGACAAAAUUCUGUAGAAUUUCUCCAAUCUUUAUCAUUUUUAAAUUUCAUUAUUUUUUUUCAUAAAAUUCAUCUAUCUGAUUCUCAUCCUUCUCGUU